CUGCUAGUUCUCUCCCCAAAUGGCCGCAUUGGCUGGAGCUGUGCUGAUCUGGAGCCAGGAGCCAAGUGCUUCUUCCUGGUCUCCCAUGGGGAUGCAGGGGCCCAAGCACUUGGGCCAUCUUCUACUGCUUUCCCAAGCCACCGCAGAGAGCUUGAUUGGAAGAGGAGCAGCCAGGACUUGAACUGGUGCCCAUAUGGGAUGCCAACCCACAGGCCCGGCCAACAUUCCUCCCCUCCCCUUCUCUUCCUGUGUUUAGAUGCUGCUACUUGCUUAACAUGGCUGUCUUAAGCCAAAAGCCAGAAACAUUUAAUGGUGAAACAUUAGAAGCAUUCUCAUUAAGGUCAGGAGUUAGAACCCUUCAGCAUCAUCACUUUUGGGUAUUAAACAUGUAGUUAGAUAAGAGGAUAUAUAUUAGAACAAGGGAAUUCUAGAAGUUGAUCACAAAGUUAAAUAGUGAAUUUAAAGUCUUUGCUAAGCACUCUAGAAAUCUUUGCUGUCUUAGGUUAAGGUUUCUGUUGACUACUUCUUUUCCUGGCACUGUGGAGCACAUUCUUUUUUAUGUCUAUCAAAUUAGUUUUGGCUAAAUAUUUGGCAUUUUGAAUAGUGGAUAAAGACUCUGGAUUAUGUCCUCUUCCUCUGAAGAAUGAUGGUUCUUGUUUUAGCAGGCAGUUCAGUCACUAAGUGAUUAUUUUGAACUCUUGUAGAUGGUAGUUUUAUGCUGUGGAUAAUGUGUAUUUUUGGAAAGUCCAAGGUGUUUUCUAGCACUGUAUGUGGUAGAACUUUAAACUAUCACCUCUGUGGCUUUUAGAAUGGAUCUGCAGUGGGCCUUAUUCUAGGACAUGGUCCUCAAUUCCAAGGGGAAGCUUUUUGGUGUCUCAGCUGAAUACCAAAAAAAUAUUAAUGAAAUCCAAGUUCUGGUAGCCCUGGGACUUAGAGUCCUCAGCACUGUUUUCUUUCUUCUGAACUGCUCACCUUGUAGAAUCUUUUUACUUUUCUUUUCUUUUCUUUUUAAUUAUCUGUUUGAGCUGAGAGAGUGCGAACGCUCCCAUCUGCUGGGUCACUCCCCAAAUGCCUGCAAUGGCCGAGGCUAGGAUGAGGUGGGAAGAUGGAGUCAGAGCCAAAGCUGGAAACCAAACCCAGAACCUUCAACAACUGGUACUGCGUCAAAUUAUCCAGAUGUAUUAACAAGGCCUUCUCUCCAUCGGAGCCAUCUGAAUUUCUCUAUGUUGGAAUCCCCUGCAUUACACUGUCAGCCAUCCACAUCCUCUGCAUUCCCAAUUGGCAGUUCUGGAUUUUCCCUUGUGAAGGAAAUUAAAGAUUCUACCUCUCAGCAUGAGGAUGAUAACAUCUCAACUACCAGUGGUUUUUCUUCAAGAGCUUCUGAUAAAGACAUAGCUGUCUCAAAGAACACUUCAGUGCCACCUCUGUGGUCCCCAGAAGCUGAAAGUUCUCAUUCACUCUCACAGCACACUGCCACCAACUCAAAAAAACCAGCAUUCAAUUUGUCUGCUUUUGGAACGCUUUCCCCUUCACUUGGGAAUUCUUCAAUCCUUAAAACAAGUCAGCUUGGAGAUUCUCCUUUUUAUCCUGGGAAAACAAUGUAUGGUGGAGCAGCAGCUGCCGUAAGACAGUCUAAACAACAAAAUACACCGUAUCAGGCACCAGUCAGAAGACAGAUGAAAGCUAAGCAACUUAAUGCACAAUCUUAUGGUGUGACCAGUUCAACAGCUCGACGAAUAUUGCAGUCUUUAGAGAAGAUGUCAAGCCCGCUAGCAGAUGCAAAAAGAAUUCCAUCUGUUUCUUCACCUUUAAAUUCUCCUCUUGAUAGGAGUGGGAUAAAUAUCUCAGAUCAUCAGGCUAAAAGCCAAAAGGUGGACUCUCAGUAUCCCCCAGUGCAGAGACUUAUGACCCCAAAGCCAAUUUCUGUAGCUGCAAAUCGAACUGUUUAUUUUAAACCAUCUCUGACCCCAUCUGGUGAACUAAGGAAGAUUAAUCAAAGAAUAGAUAAAAGGCACAGUAUUGGACGUGAAAAAAACAUGACAUCAGGACAAAGUGGAGAAAAACAGGAAAGUGGCUUUUCAUACCCAGAUUUUAGUAUGCCAGCAGCCAAUGGUUUAUCUUCUGCAGUACGUGGUGGAGGUGGCAAGAUGAGGCGAGAGAGAACACGUUUUGUUGGUUCUAAACCUCCAGAAGAGGAAGAGGAAAUGGAAUUACCAGUGUUGCCGAAAAUUUCUCUACCUAUUGCCAGUUCUUCACUGCCUAUCUUCAAUUUUAGUUCACCUGUGAGCACAGCAUCCUCUCUGUCACCCAUCAAUCCUUCUCAGUCACUAACAAACAAGGUACAAAUGACCUCUCCCAGCAGCACUGGCAGUCCCAUGUUUAGAUUCUCAUCUCCAAUUAUAAAAUCUACUGAGGCAGAUAUACUACCUCCAACAUCUAUUGGAUUUACAUUUAGUGUGCCUAUUGCAAAAACAGAGCUUACUGGCUCUAUUAGUACUUCCGAAUCAAUCACAAAUAGUUCUGCUCAAGAUACCACUGCAGUGACCAGCAGUACAAUCUGUAUGAAGAGGCAAGGUGAAGAUUAUGAGGGUCCUUUUAGACCUGCAAAAAUUAUGAAAGAGGGAAGUGUCCUAGAUCUUCUGAAAAACCCUGAUUUCACAUCACCAAAGGUAGAUUCUCUUGCAGCUCAGCCUACCACAACAAGCCCAGUAGUUUAUACAAGACCAGCAAUAAGUAGCUUUUCUUCUAGUGGAAGUGGAUUUGGUGAAAAUUUGAAAGUAGCACCAUCGUGGCAGUGUGAUACGUGUCUACUACAGAACAAACUUACUGAUAACAAGUGUGUAGCCUGUCAAGCAGCAAAAUCACCACCGAGAGAGAAUGCUAAACAGACUGGAAUUGGGACACCAAGCAAAAGCAGCAAAGCAACUCUUCCUGCAUCAGGAACAGGCUUUGGAGACAAAUUUAAACCACCAGUAGGAACUUGGGAUUGUGACACAUGUUUGGUGCAGAAUAAACCUGAAGCGACAAAAUGUGUAGCCUGUGAAACACCAAAACCUGGAACUGGUGUGAGGCGCGCCCUUACUUUGACAGCUACGUCAGAAAGUGCUGUGACUGUGACUGCUUCAUCUUCCAGCUGCACUGUGACCACUGUUUCCUUAGGAUUUGGAGAUAGAUUCAAAAGGCCUGUAGGGUCUUGGGAGUGUCCAAUAUGCUGUGUUACUAAUAAUGCAGAAGACAAUAAAUGUGUGUCCUGUAUGUCUGAGAAACCAGGAAGUUCUGUACCUGCUUCAAGUAGCAGCACUAUCCCUGUCCCUGUGUCUUCUGGAGGUUGUCUGGGAUUGGACAAGUUCAAGAAACCUGAGGGGAGCUGGGACUGUGACGUGUGCCUAGUACAGAAUAAAGCAGACUCUACCAAAUGUGUAGCAUGCAAGUGUGCAAAGCCGGGCACAGAAUCUGAGUCUAUAGGCCUUGGGACGUCCUCCUCAUCUUCGAACCCAUCGGGCUCACCCUUCAAAUUUGGUAUCUCAUCAUCCUCUUCUGGUCCUUCUCAAACUUUAACAAACACUGGAAAUUUUAAAUUUGGAGAUCAGGGUGGAUUCAAAAUAGGUGUAUCAUCUGAUUCUGGGUCUGUAAACCCCUUGAGUGAAGGUUUUAAGUUUUCUAAACCAGUAGGAGAUUUUAAAUUUGGAGUUUCAUCUGAUUCUAAACCUGAAGAAGUUAAGAAAGACAGUAAGAAUGAUAAUAAAUUUAAGUUUGGAUUUUCUUCUGGGUUAAGCAACCCAACUUCUUCAGCUCCUUUUCAGUUUGGAGUGUCUAAUCUUGGACAGCAAGAAAAGAAAGAGGAACCUCCAAAAUCUUCAUCUGCAAACUUUAGUUUUGCUACAGGUAUAGUUAACCCCACUCCUGCCACUUCUAACACCUUAGUGACCUCUGAGAACAAGAGCAGUUUCAGCUUUGGAAGUAUAGAAACCAAGAGUGUCUCCAUGACUCCCUUCACAUGUAAGACACCAGAAGCGAAGAAAGAAGAAAUGCCUGCCCCUAAAGUAGGGUUUACUUUUGGCAAUAUGGAACCUGCCUCUAUGCCAUCUGCCUCAAUGUUUGCUUUGGGACGGACAGAAGAGAAACAACAAGAGCCUGUCACUUCUACUUCUCUAAUUUUGGGGAAGAAGGCUGACAAAGAAGAGCCAAAGUGUCAACCAUUGUUUUCCUUUGGGAAUUCAGAGCAAACCAAAGAUGAGAGUUCUUCGAAGUCAACAUUUAGUUUCAGUAUGGCAAAGACAUCUGAGAAGGAAGCUGAACAGCCAGCAAAAACCACUUUUGCUUUUGGAGCUCAAACCAGUACGACAGCUGAUCAAGGUACAGCAAAACCAGUUUUUAGUUUCUUGAACAAUUCUUCGAGUUCAAGUACACCAGCUACUUCUGCUGGUGGUGGCAUAUUUGGUAGUUCCACCUUUUCCUCCAGUCAGCCUAUGACUGCCUUCGUGUUUGGACAGUCCAGCAAUCCCGUGAGCAGCCCUGCUUUUGGUAACUCCACUGAGCCCAGUACAUCUCAGUCUUUGCUGUUCUCUCAAGAUAGCAAACCAGCGACCACAUCCAGCACGAGUACCGCUGCCACUUCAUUUGUAUUUGGUUCAGGCACCAGCAGUAACAGUGCUGCAACCUCUGGCUUCGCCUUUGGAGCUACCACCACGUCUAGCUCAGCAGGAUCCUCCUUUGUAUUUGGUACAGGAGCUUCAGCACCAUCUGCCAGUCCAGCAUUUGGUGCUAGCCAGACCCCAGCAUUUGGACAAAGUCAAGGUGCCAGCCAGCCUAAUCCCCCAGGCUUUGGAUCUAUAUCUUCAACAGCGUUGUUUUCUGCGGCUUCUCAGCCUGCACAACCCACUUUUGGAGCAGUGUCAAGCAGUAGCCAGCCUCCUGUGUUUGGACAACAGCCUAGUCAGUCUACAUUUGGCUCUGGAACAGCUCCCAAUUCUAAUUCGGUUUUCCAAUUUGGCAGCAGCACGGCAAAUUUCAACUUCACAAGCAAUAAUCCAGCAGGAGUUUUCACAUUUGGUGCAAAUUUUAGCACACCUGCAGCCUCCACCCAGCCGUCAGGCUCCGGGAGCUUUCCCUUUAACCCGUCUCAAGCUACAUUUACAGUGGGGUCAAAUGGGAAAAGCAUGUUCUCGUCUUCUGGAACUUCAGUUUCUGGUCGCAAGAUAAAGACUGCUGUUAGACGAAAGAAAUAAAGGUCACGAUGGUAUUACGUGCAACAGUUUGGCAACAGCUGGUGUCCUGCUUUCAGAUACUGGAUUAUACUGUGUGCUGGGGUUAUCUGAACUAAGAUUUGCCUAAGGACUUCUUAAAUUUUGGAAUUUUCCUCCUUUUCUUUAUGGAAGCCCUACCCCUGCCUCUGCCACUUCCUUAUAAAAAAAUAAUACCUAGACUGGUGACUGAUUCUUCAGCAAAAAUAUUUUAUGAUCCAGCAAAUUAUUCACUGAUUUGGCGUAGUCUGGCUGUACCCAGGAAUAGAGCCUGCACGGUGAAUGGCUUUGUAUAGAACCUCUUCGUGUGCACCGCCAUGUGCAUUAAUAAGCGUUUAUGGAACACAUUGAAAUUGUAACUAUAUCUGAGGAAUUCUGUAUAGAUUAGGAUUCUGUGUAGAUUAGAGGAUGUUGAAAUGAAUGAUUUCUAUGCCGAGUUUGUGCUGAUGUGUGUGAAGUGAGUGCGUCGGGUGUAUCGUGCACUAAAAUUUUCUGAUAGAGGAAGCCUGAUUAAAAAGAGUGGUCCAUGCUGAGGACUUGUUAGAUCUCACUCAUCCUACAUUUAAUAAUUAUAUGCUACUUCUCUAUUUUCAUUCCUCUAACUAUCGCCUGUCUUGCCUUUUUCAUUAUUUUAUUAUGAAACUUGUGUAAAUACAAUUUUGUUUCUGUACUGUUUUGGCAUAACAUAAAGUCUGUGAACUUGAAAUUUUAAUUUUGUGUUAGAAUUUUUUUCGUUGUUGUUUAGUCUUGUCUCAGAUUUUAUUAUGUAAAUCCCAUUAUUCAAAGUUGCCUAAAUCCAUUUGGAAAUCUUUAAAAAAAAAUUGGGGAUUCUUAAAGUUGAAUUUAUUGGCUUUUCUGAUCCAGUUUUAUUUGGACCAAAAACCAGUAUUGUACAAAGUAUUAAGCAUAUAUUUUUAUAUUUACUGAAAUGGACUGUGGUGACUUUGGAUAAUAAGGAAAAGUUUAAUAUUAAAGCCAUGUUUAUUACAGUAUAAUUAACAUGUUAAACCAUGGGAUAAAUGCCAUCAAUAAAAAAAUUACGAAGCA